CUAGUUGAACUGCGACAAUGUCUUGAAGCACUGCCAACAGACAUUCCUGUUCCACGAGCAAUGGAAUCCAAGUAUAAAUUCUCUGACUUCAGUCCGGAUGCUGAAUGGGCUGCAGACAUUGGCGAGGCUGGUGCUGUCAACCGAGAGUUAGAAAUUAGGUUUGGUAAUCGUGUUGAUGGCCUGAAACUCAUCGAGCGAGGUCCAGAAACAGAGGCCAUGGUCGAUGUUUUGGAAACAUGGAUAAAAAAAUGU